AUGGCAGCGCGCAGCGACCAAUGGUACGACGAGAUCGAGGGCAAGCAGAGCUUGCUGGCCAAGCAGCUCGAUGCGCUGCAGCAGCAUCUAGGCGCACCGGCAGCCGACGCAGAGGAGGUCGACCAGCCGCUCGCGGAAUACGCGCGCAACUUUUAUUUAACCAUCCUCUUAUGCGUGUUCGUCUCUGUCGGCAUGGUGGGCUCCGCGCUGUUCAGCCCAAUGGGCUUUUACAGCAAUUCGAUGCAGGUGAUUUGCUACGCUUGGCCCGUUUGCUGGACGGCAUUAUUCGGGCUCAUUUUUGGGACCCUCGAUUCGUCCGAGGCCGGGCGACGCGCGAUUCAGGUUCUCCGCGUCCAUGCGUCCUGCCAAAUUAUUACUGAAUUUCUCGCGUUUUGGUCUGUCAAGAGGUACGAGGAGGCCGUUCUACAGAUCUUCGCGCAAGGCGUCAACGCGGUUUGUUAUCCAUGGCUGUGUCGACUUAUGGUCGAGCUGCUCCGCAAGCGGGGAGGUCUGGCGAGCCAGGCGGAGCACUACACGAACAGGCUUCUGAAAGUCGCGGGGCUUCAGAUAUUGAUAGCUGUGGGAGCGGCUGCUAUGGGUGUCGAUGGGCGGAGGACAUCCGACCGGUUUUUUGCCGCCGUUACUUUUAGCAUCUCGUUGUAUGUCGCCUGGUUCUACCUCGUGGCCAUCUUUGACGUCUGCGCUGUCGAAUCCCGUGCAGCCGCAAAACUUCGGCUCACCUGUCUGCAGACCGCGGCGCUCAUCUCAACCGGGCUCCAUAUUCUCUCAGGGUUGGCCGGCUACGUCUUGGCUGGUCAGAAAAGCCCGAAUCCCCGGGCAUCGUUCCUGGUUCUCUACGCGAUGAUGCUCACAUAUUAUGUUUCACUUCUGUUCGUCGGUCGUCUCGUUUGGAAGGCCCGCUACGGAUCCGGCGCCGCCUCUACGGCGGCCGCCGCGAGCGUCAAGCCCGUCGACGCACUGGGUUCGCUCGACCUCCCAUAA